UAGGUACCGUACCGAGCAUCCAAUUGAGCAUCCGAUCGAACGUCCCGUCUCGACUGAUAAAAUAUUUCUUUUCGAUUUAAUGAACAAAGCAAAGAGUAUGUAAUUCACUACGUGAAUGAAUUCUAUUCUGUUUCUCUGAAAAUAUUGUUAUUUUUUAUGUAGGUAAUCGUUGCAUUUUUUCCUCACCAUAGAAUUUUAACAAAGCGUUCACCAUGAGUUAUAUGUUAGGACAUUUACACAAUGGCUGGCAAGUUGACCAAGCUAUACUAUCUGAAGAGGACCGUGUCGUGGUUAUUAGAUUUGGCCAUGACUGGGACCCCACAUGCAUGAAAAUGGAUGAAGUCCUCUACAGCAUUGCAGAAAAAGUAAAGAAUUUUGCUGUUAUCUACCUUGUAGACAUCACAGAAGUGCCAGACUUUAAUAAGAUGUACGAGUUGUACGACCCAUGCACAGUGAUGUUCUUCUUCCGCAACAAGCACAUCAUGAUAGAUUUGGGUACCGGCAACAACAACAAGAUCAACUGGCCGCUCGAGGAUAAGCAGGAGAUGAUAGACAUCAUAGAGACCGUGUACCGCGGCGCGCGUAAGGGUCGGGGUCUGGUCGUCUCACCCAAAGACUACUCCACCAAAUACAGAUACUAAAUAGUGGUUAUCAGUGUUAGUAUUCUAAUAAGAGCGUUGUUUUAAAUGUUCUGAUUUGUAAAUACCUAUUGAGACAUGUUGCAUUAUGAUUCUCAAUGUCAUUACAUAUUUGGUGAGUGAAUGUGUAAUAAGCUUGUAAAAUUUAUAAAUGGACUAUUUUAAUAUUUAAUAAAUAAUUAUUUUAUGUAUGA